GCGCGCACAUGUUUGAACCACCGGAAACACGUCACGUCUGGGCGGAUCAGUGAGGUGAGCGUGAACGACAAAUACAGAGGUGAAAUAAAAAAGGCGAUGAGAAAAAAGUGGGAAAAACUUUAGAGGACUGAUUUGUGGCGUUGACGAAACAACAACAACAGCAAGGAACUCCCUCCCCUAUCUAGCGGUCAUAAUGGGGCUGUGUGGAGGUCUGUCCCACUGCAAGUUUGCUCUGGCCUUCGCUGUCUUCUUGGACGUCCUGGGGGGCACCGCCAUGUUGCUGGGGGUCUUUGCCCCUCUGGAAAUCAAAGGCCGAGAUUUUGGAGAUCUGCUCGUCUAUACUGGUGCACUCCUGGUGCUGAUGUCGCUGUGGGGCUGGGCGCUGUGGUACAGCGGCAACAUGGAGGGCCUGACGUCCAAAAAGGAGCUGGGACACAUCAACAGCGCCGUGGACCGCCUGGCUCGCAACCUCAGCCGCAAGAUCCUCUCCUACAGGAGCCCCCGCUGACAGGAGGGGCUUCCGUUUCAGUCAAGUGUUUGUCUCCUACUUAUUGAUGGUCACAUAUUUCUACUGCGACACUUUUGUUUUUUACGGUGGCAAAAUAAAAGCCUUUUUGUACGCAAA